GGCAUGAAUUCUAGAUGCUUUCAAACCGAUUUGCAGUGUUGUUGCGCGUGUCUCGAGGUAGUCACGGAUUCCCAUAGAAUUAAAAGCACGCAAACGGGAAAUUUCUUUUAAUCGUGUUUGUGAUCCAGCACAAAGAGGCAGGCGAAUCGUAGGCGAAUCUUACGCGAAUCCUUUGAAGAAAAUUCGCCAAAAAUUUAAUAAAAAAAUCGUUUUACAUCUAAAUUUAUAAAUAGUAAAAAUGUUGCGCGCUUCGUUGGUGAUUUUGUUUGCCUGCCUAAUUGGUUUUAGUGCGGCACAAUUGAGGGUGAACGCCGAGCUGCCGGAAUUGCCUGAUUUCAAGCCAGUCAGUGAAUUGCCUGCUGAUAUACCUACCUGCGAACAGGGCGACAUAAAUAUCAAUGAAUGCAUCAAACGCGCCUUUCAAAAGCUGACUCCCCGCCUAAAGGAUGGCAUCAAGGAAUUGAAUAUACCGCCCAUGGACCCUUUCAUUAUUGAGCGCAACAACAUUGAUGUGAGCGGCAGUUUCGCUCAGGGCCGUGUGCAGGUACGUAAUGUCCGCGUAUUUGGCAUAAGCGAGGGCGAUGUGCAGAAGGUGAAUUUCAAUUUGGAUGGCAACAAUGUGCGCAUGGAAUUGGUUACCAAAAUGCCACGCCUCUACGUUGAGGGUAAUUACAAGGCAGAUUUAAAGAUAAAUGAAGUGAAAAUGACACCGAAGGGCUACUUCAAUGUGACUAUGACCGAUCUUCUGCUGAGCUCCGAGUCGGAAGGCGAACUUUAUGAGCGCGACGGACACACUUACUUGCGGCUGACGAAAUUCAAUUUCGAGCCGGAGAUAGGUGAUAUGCAAAUCUAUGCAAGCAAUCUUGUGCCAGAUCCAUCAUUGAAUGCGGUUAUUCUGGACUUUGUAAAUCAAUAUUGGCGCCAGGUCUACAAAAUUAUGUUGCCUCAGACACGUGACACUUGGGAGCCGAUGUUCUUGCGCGUUAUGAAUUUAUUUUUGGGCGCCAUACCGUUCGAUUUAUUCAUUAAAAAGAACUAAACAUU